CUGAAGACAGAUAGAGAGCGAGAGAGGAAAAAAGCAGCCGCAGAAAUCUCGAUGACCACACCACCUCCACCACGACGACGCUCUUCCUCCUCCUUCUUCUCCUUCUUCUCCUUCUCCUUCUCAACCACACCAUCCCAUCCAGCCCUGCUAGCAAGCUAGCUCCCAGCGCUUUCUCCUCAUUCCCUUGCCUUAUUCCGACUCCUCCGUUCCGUCUUUACGUCCGUUGUUACCGAGCUCGCGGGGGGAGUUGAGAUAUUGCGUGGCUACCAUUGUUUGGAGCACAUGCGGCAGAGACAAAGUGCGCGGGGAUAUUUUUUAGCGGGAGAUUAAAGGUCGGGGGGUAAGAUUAUCGGUGUCAGGGCGAUACCGGUAGCAUAGGUGGUUGAGUGAAUGCGGGAUCUUCUUGACGUCACGGUCAUAUUUGAUCCGAAACUGACACAAUUUUCGUAAGUAUGCGUCGUUGGUUUGAGAGGAGAAUCGUACCACAGCGAGAGAGAGCUGGUGAGCGCUGAAUUCUUUUCCUGCGCGCGGCGUGCUCUUCGACGUACUCACCUGUAAUUAAAGAGGUGUUUGUGAGACUUUUUGGAAAGCGCGUAGGAAGUCGAAGAGGUUCUGCUUUGAAGUCCUUUAGGCAUACGUCUCCCUGCAACUGUAUUUGUUCCAAGGAUUUUAAUUUUAUUUUAGCUGAGAGCGAUGGGCUGGUAGACCAUUUCUUUCUUUCUUUCAAUUUCAGCUUUCUUUUUGACUUGGGGAAGGUUCGCAGGCUGCUGGCGGGGUGGAUAAACCAUUGUCUUCGGUGUCAAUCAUAGGUUUCCUUUUUCGAUGACCUAGUUAUGGCUCUUCAAGGGAAUGAACUGUUGAUUCUACACCAAAAAUUCCUUCUGACGCUGUUUCGGUUGUGAGGGACGGACUUGGCAAUCCACUACUGUCACUUAGUGGGAGCCGUUUAAUGCACUUGAAUUUUGGUAGCGCGACCCUCCUCUCGCUGUAGAUAUCUUGCGCCGUGGCUUGUGCUCAGAGGCUCUCGUACUUGGACAGACUUUUUUGCCACCAAGGUACAUUCUGAAAGGUUAUGUGUGAGUUCUGCGAGGCGUUGAAAGUGGCCAACAUUUUCUGCUUCAUCUACCGCUGUGUCGAGCUCAAGGGGGGGGCAUGCAUGUGUGCUACGAGGGGGCUUUGAGCAAUACUACCGAGGGGUAGCAUAGUGAUGCUGUAGAAUACAUCGCGCGGUGGAAGGAGAGGAAUCUGGUCCUGGCGGUUAUGUCUCGGGUGGUCUGCUUCCAUUAUCCAGCCACUCACGGGAGCGGGAGAAAGGGCAGUCCGUCAAAUUUUUAAGUGAUACUGGUAGCUGGGCGGGAUCAGUAUUCUAGAUGAAUGCCGAAGAGAAUCUUUCUCGUGGGUGAAGUGCCGUCGGUUGAAUAGAGGCUGGAAGCGGCACCCGAGCUUAGUAUCUUGUGCUUGACUUCCACAUUCAACAUGGAAAUGGGGUACAUCGAAGGUUUGGAUGGCGAUGAUGGUGGCGACAUGACUUACCUUUUGCACCUGGCAGAAGACCUCGAUGGUGCAGAAGCUGGGUCUGACAGUGAUCUUCGGUACUACGAAUAUGACAUGGAUCAAUUGCAAGCGGCAGAAGAUAUUGAUGCCGUUGACAAUAUCUUGAAUGAAGACGAUGAGAUCGAUGCCAUUGACGCCAUCGAUGUGGUCGACAAUAUCUUAAGUGAUGAUGAUACCAGCAUGGAUGGAAGAGGUGAUGGAGGUGCUGGUUCCCUGGGCGGUUUCACUUUCGACACUAACCUUGCGUCAAUGCACACCUACUUGGGAGAAGUUGAUGACGUGGCCAGUAGCCGCUCUUUCGCUGAUGGGGGUGCAUUCUUAGUGUUGCCCAUGUUUUACUUAGAAGGUAUCGUGCUAUUUCCCGAAGAUACACUUCCACUUCGAGUCUUGCAGCCAAGGUUUAAAGCUGCAGUUGAUCGAGCGAUGAAAAGUACCGAUGCGCCCAACACACUUGGUGUGAUUCAUGUCCGCGCUAGGGAUGGACAAGUCACCGUGGCUUCGGUUGGCACAACUGCUGAGAUCCGGCAGCUUCGAAACCUCAAUGAUGGCUCGGUGAAUGUUGUUACUAAAGGCAGGCAGCGCUUUCGCAUUUGUAAAGCCUGGACAGAAGCGGACGGAGCGGUUCAGAUCAUUGAAGAAGAGACGCCUCUGCACAUACCAAGAGAUGCAUUUUCGAGCCUAGCUACAGUGCCUACCUUCCAGAGUGGCAAAGUUCCAAGGGCAGCUGCCACCUCUCCUCUCCCUUAUGAAUUGAGUGAUGAUGAAGCAGCUUUACAAGCUGGGAGUGACUUGGAUGCUUUUGACGAUUCUGAGACUGAUUCCGGGCCUGAAGACGAAAGACUAGCUGAGAACGAGGACCUUUUGAGGGUACUGGUGAGGGAUGUCGGAGAUGAUGAUAGUAGCGAAGAAGAAGAAAGACCUCGUCACGACUGGCGGACAAGGAGAGUUCGAAGACGAGGGGAGGAGAAUGGGGGUCUUGAAGUAGAGAUUUACAGAGGCGCUGAGUCAGUAGUCAUGGGAGAUGUUCUGCCUGUUGACAGGAUGGAUGCUCUUUUAUCCAACGCUGAUCAGACCAUGCACGGUGGCGAGUCCUCUGGUGGGCAGGUGGCAGGCGUGAAAAGGCCUCGGGAGGGUGGGUGGGGCGCUGCUUGUAAAGCCUGGGCAACAGAUGCGGGGAAAUGGAGACACAGGGCUCAGUGCACACCCUGGCCUCACUGGGUAUACCGGCAAUUUGACGCUUACGACCUAGCUAGGCGUGCAGCUGAUAUGCUGAGGCAGAUGGCUGAGCUUCCCCGAAUGGAGACCAUGGUACACACCCCCAGUCAGCUAUCAUAUUACAUUGCAAGUAAUAUGCCUCUUCAAGAUUCUACCCGACAAGAACUGCUCGAAGUUGAUGGAACUGUUUAUCGUCUGCGACGAGAGAUCGAAUUGUUGGAGUCUAUGGAUCAGUUGCGUUGUAAAUGCUGUAUGGCCCCGAUCGCAAGGCGAAGCGACAUGCUGGUGAUGUCAGCAGAUGGUCCAAUCAGUGCUUAUGUGAAUGCUCAUGGCUUUGUGCACGAGACUCUUACUCUUGCAAGGGCUCGAGGGCUUAUGCUCAAUGGGCAACCUAAUACUGCAAACAGCUGGUUUCCUGGAUACGCAUGGGUUCUGGCAGAGUGUGCUGAAUGUACAGAGCAUAUGGGAUGGCGCUUCACUGCUGUCGACAAGGAAAGUAGACCCAAGGCAUUCUGGGGCAUUCGAAGGUCGCAACUGGCUGAAAACAGUUCAUAAUUAAAAAGUCAACAAACGGAACGAUUAUUCAGACUGAAGAUGUAUCAAGGUUUUCUGGUUCACAAGUUUGUGAGGAUUCCAUUGGACAAGGGGGGAAUCUGGCCAACCGUGCACUUGGAGAAUGCCAGUUGUGGCUAUCACUUGUUAAUUAUGGUGUACAUAUGGUGAUGUAUCAAAGUUCGAUCCUCCUGAGGUUAGUGCCACGAGGUAGGUAGAAUCUGGUCUGCAUAAACAAUUUUUCUUCCCGCAUGGAAUUGCUCUUGUACUGAACCAGUGAACCUGUUACAGUACCUCCAUGGAAUCUGGGAUGUGCUGCAUUUGAGCUCCCUGAGUGCCACGGCGUGUUCUUCGGGACCUUUAGAAACUGUAAACCGUGACACAUAAUUUUUUGUCAGGAACAGAGCACCUCGGUGUUAUCAAGUCCUGAUGUAUACUUAGUAAUCGCUCUGAAUCCUUCAACUCAUUCAUUGAGAUGAUCAGUAUUGAAUCUGCAGUGGUCAUCCUUGUUUGCCUGUAAUUGCCGUCACGUUCGCUGAGAAGACUGAAUGGUGGCUUUUGAAGAUAUAUAGGGCCACGGCCUCUUGUUGGAGUUAGUGCACUUUCUUGCUGUAUUACUGAAAACAGUUUGGUAUUCAACUGGUUGUCCCUUCCAGAUAUCAUGAAAGAUACUAUUUCUUGUGAAA